GUGAAUUUUACGCAAGGAUCAUGACUGAAGUAACAAAUUCAAAAGGAGCAGAAAACGAAAAAAAUUGUGAUCAAAAUGACGCAGAAGCAAAUAUUGAGGUCGCCAAAGUGGAAGAAAAAGAAGACAACGCACCUCCAGACGCAUUUUUCACAGUGCAUCUGUUGUUCUUUUUCUUGGGCCUCCUCCAUUUCAUACCCACAUCCUUUUUCAACGUAGCUACAAAGUACUGGAUGUACAAAUUUCGCAACACGACAGAAGGUGCUAUCGACGACGCCGAGCACAGAACUUACAUGCAGAAGGAAUUCGGUGUCUUCUCAACAAUCUUCGGCUCGACCCCUUUGGUCAUCUUCAUCACCCUCACCACGAUUUACGGUCAACACAUCAACGCAAGAGUGAGGAUCGUUUGGACCAUAUUCUCCAUGUUGGUGGUCUUUUCCAUGUCCACCAUUUUCAUCAACGUCAACACCGACACCUGGCAAGUGGGAUUCUUUUGUCUGACGAUGUUUUUUAUCUUCGUUAAGUCGGCAGCGAAUUCGAUUUUGGGAGUGAGUCUGUUCGAGGUGCUCUCGAAAUUUCCCAGGAAAUAUUUGGUGUGGUAUUUGGCUGGUGAAGGUGUAGCUGGACCGUUCAACUCGGCCCUGCAACUCGCCUCCUUGGCUAUUGGUACCACAAUCCACGUCAGCGCACUGAUCUACUUCAUGUGCGGAGUCUUCGUCAUAGCCAUGAGCCUGAUCCUCUUUCUGGUUGCGAAAUAUACGGCGUUAUACAAACACUACAUCGGUAAAUCGGACACGGUACCGAGAAGAAAAAUACUCAGUUGGAAAGAGAGCAAAGUCAUCGUGAAAAAAAUAUGGAGUAGUAUCCUCAUCAAUAUUGUAAUGAUUUCCGGAUUGCAAAUCAUCAGUCCUGCCGUGACAACUCUGAUCGUUUCCGAAGACAAGGGCACACCUUGGGCUGACACCUAUUACCUUCCUUUCACUUAUCUUUUAAGGGAUAUCGCCGAUUUUAUCGGAAGGACACUCGCCUCUAAACUGAAAUGGAACAUGAACGUUUACUUGGUUGCCGCCCUAAGUGUGGUACGGUUGGGUGUGCUCAUACCCUUGUACCUUCUAUCAAACGCACAACCCAGAAGUCGACUACCAGUUUUGCUGACGCACGACUACCAGUAUUGCAUCUUGGUACUGACUUAUGGAAUCAGUGGAGGAUAUCUUUUCAACAUCGCUUAUUUGAAUAUCAAAAGAUUGGUGAGCGAGAAAGAGGUGAACGAUGGUUACAACGUGCUCUCGACCGUGAUCGGAAUUGUGGGGGCUGUUUCUUCUGGUUUUAGUUAUAUUUCUGUUAACAUGCUGUGAGAUGAACUCAACUGAAUUGUGUGUGUGUGUACUAUAUACA